AGAGAGGAGAGAGAGAGAGGUGUCUCUUCCUAUCCCCCCUCUCUCUCUCUACUUUCUCUCUCAUCUCUCACUCUCUCUCUCUCAUCCCCUCUCUCUCUCUCUCUACAGCACCUUCCAUAUAUUGUGAACGGGGGAGUAUAUAUAUGUGUAUAAGGGGGAGUGAGAAAUAGGCUCAUUCUCUCUCUCUCUACUCUUUCUCUCUUCUUUCUCUCUUCUUUCUCUCUCUCCAGAGGGUGGAGGAGAUGCUGCGAUAUCUCGAAGCGAGUAACCCUAAAAUCGGGGGGGCGACGCGCGAUGACGCGGCCUACAAAAGCGCGGCGGGGGCGACCUCCUCCUUGCUCAGGCUCUCAAUCAUCGUCGGCUUCGGCGAAGCGGCGGCGCCGGCGCCGGCGCCGGCGCGAUCGCCGAGGAGCUUCGAUGCAGGGGCCGUGGGGCUCGGGAUCGUCGCCGCGAUGAGCUGCGGCGGAGGCGGAGGGGGAGGAGGAGGAGCGGUGGUGAGGAAGCCCGGGGCGGCGACGGCGGCGGCGAUGGCGAGGGCGGAGCCGAUCCCGAUCGGCCGCGCGGCAGCGGCGGCGGCGGCGGCGGCGGGGGCUGCGAAGAGGGCGAGGACGAGGGAGGAGAUGGAGCUCUCGGAGAGCUACACGUGCGUGAUCUCGCACGUGGGCGGGAACAGGGUGCGGAAGAGGGUCUACUUCGGGGACGGCUACGUCGGCGCCUUCUACGACGACGUCGACGACCACCUCGCCGGCGGCGCCACCUCCGACGACGGCGAAGCUCCGCCGCCGCCGCCGCCUCCCGGCGAUUUCCUGAGCAAGUGCUACCUCUGCAACCAGAAGCUCGAUGGGCUCGAUGUUUACAUGUACAGAGGUGAGAAAGCCUUCUGUAGCGCGGAAUGCCGAUGCCAACAGAUGCUGACGGACGAAUGCUGGGAGAACUGCGGAUCAAUGGCGAUGAAGUCGUAUGAAAACUCACCCUGCUCUGCUCCUGUGAAGCUGUUUUCUUCUGGUGUUGCAGUUGCUUAAUCAUAUAGAAAUAAGCCAAUUUUCAUAGAGAAAAUUUACAAAAAUAAAAAAAUAAUAAUAAUAAGAGAUAAAAAAGGGUACCGGAGGAAAAUAAAUUGGUAUCGGCGGCAUCAUAGGAGUCUAUAUAUAUAGAGAGAGAGAGAGAAAUGGAGAGGGUCUUAGCCUAUUAUUUGAAUCCAUAUCAUUUUUAAAGGUGAAAGCCCUUGAGAGAUCAGAAUGUAAGAAAUGGUGACUUAUUAAAACUUGCAUAAAGCAGAAAAAAACAUAAUAAGUCUUUUGACUUUAUCUAUUCUGCA